ACUUCCUCUCUUAGUUUUUUCUGCUGUCUCUUUCCUUUCAUUUAUCAAACUUAAAACCAGAGAAUCAGGCCAGACAAAACCAUGCAAACACCACACUUUCUCUCUUAGUUUUUUCUGCUGUCUCUUUCCUUUUAUUUAUCAAACUUAAAACCAGAGAAUCAGGCCAGAGGACAGAACUGGUUUGUUCUCCGCUUGAGUUCUUGUGUUGUGUCUAAAAUGGAAGGUGACAACAUGGACAUGGCCGGGAACGGUGUAACUUCGGGGAAUCCAAGGUGGAAUCCGACCAAAGAGCAAAUAAGCAUGCUGGAAAGCUUUUAUAAUCAGGGAAUAAGAACGCCAAGUGCAAAUCAGAUACAGCAGAUAACGAGUAGGCUCAAGGCUUACGGCCACAUUGAAGGAAAGAAUGUGUUCUACUGGUUUCAGAAUCAUAAGGCGAGGCAAAGGCAAAAACAGAAGCAGGAAAACAUGGCGUACAUCAAUCGUUAUCUUCACAGGACUCAGCCAGCCCUGUAUCCUCCUCCUGGCCCAAAUGUUGUCUGUGGGCCGUAUUUCAUACCACAAGGUGAUUUACAGUUAUACCAUCCUCAUCAAUAUCCGAAGGUACUGUUACCGGGAAGCUUCAAGAGGAAGGCAAGGGCUAGUACCAGUGAUGCGAAGAUGGAGAAGACCAAAAACUGUGGAGGCUUUGAAUAUGACGUUGUCCAGAAGGAUUAUUCCAAUAUGUUGCAUAUGAGUGAAGGUGACCGCAGAAACAGCAAUGACAAUGGUGACAACGGUCACAAUGAAACCUUGCCUCUUUUCCCCUUGCACCCAACUGGGAUUCUGGAGGGAAUGACUGGGGUGUCCGCUAUCGGAUCAACUUCGGCUGGAAAUUUUACAACUACAAGCUCGUAUGAGGCUACUGGUUUGGAUGAUGAAGGGUCUGUUGAUCCACCUUUCUUUGACUUUUUCUCUUGUCAAGGCUCUUGAGAGAGACCAACUGUGGAAGCAACAUUAUGAGUCAACAAUAUCUGAGAUGUGUUUGGUUAAGUUUUCCUUCCAUGAUGGGAUUAAUUGAGUUAUUUUCUCGGAUUCACGUAGUCCUUAUAAGUUUGAAGUUAAUUUUUUUUGGAUAACUUGUAUUAUAUCAACAUCAAUCUAAUCUAUUACUAGUUUAUAUAGUACUGUGUAAUUGCCCAUAGCGGUGUUCAGUAAGUAGCU